CCGCCAUGGCGGCAGCUUGGAGGUGUUCUCAUGGGCUGUUUGUGGUGCUGCGGCUCCUGCCCACGCGCCAGGCCCUGCACCACGCGACCCCGGCGCAGGAUGUGCUACUUUUCGAGCAUGAGCGGGGCCGGUUCUUCACUAUCCUUGGACUCUUCUGCGCCGGCCAGGGCAUCUUCUGGGCCUCCCUGGCCUUGACAGCUUGGUCUGCACCCCUGGUCCAGGCGCGACCCCUGGAUGCAGAGGCCCCAGACCGCGGCCGCUUGGACCUGCGCGCUGUGCUCUGGCGCUACGGGCUGGUGGUCAGCUGCGGUGCCAUCGGGACCCUGGUACUGGGUGCUGGUCUUCUCUUCUCUCUACGAUCUGUGCGUUCAGUGAUGCUUCGAGCAGGAGGGCAGCAGGUGACCCUGACCACUCAUGCCCCUUUUGGCUUGGGAGCCCCUUUCACCGUCCCCUUGAACCAGGUAUCCUGCAUGGCCCACCGAGGAGAAGUCCCUGCUAUGCUGCCUCUGAAGAUCAAAGGCCAUCGCUUCUAUUUCCUCUUGGACAAAGCUGGACACUUCCCCAACGUUCAGCUCUUUGACAACACUGUGGGUACCUAUCGGAGCUUGUAAGAAACCACCUUGGGUCUUUCACUCCCUCUCAGAAGGAGACAAAAAAAAAAGGGGGAAACAAAACAAAAUUGAACUUAUGGAUGGGGUGACAACCAGGGUCACCAAGGGGGAACCUAAGAUUCAAUAGUAACAAUUAAAAGAGGAGUUGUCUAAAGGGAA